AGACUCUGGCCAACACCCCCUCUAAGGCCACAGGAGAGGAACAGGAGUGAUAGCCCCCAAACCCCAGACCCACCAGACCCCGAGGGCCCCUUUGUCACUGGAUCUGAUAAGAAACACCACCCCUGCAGCCCCCUCCCCUCACCUGACCAAUGGCCACAGCCUGGCUGGGCCCAGCUCCCUGUAUAUAAGGGGACCCUGGGGGCUGAGCACUACCAAGGCCAGUCUUGAGCAGGCCCAACUCCAGUGCAGCCGCCCACCCUGCCGCCAUGUCUCUGACCAAGACCGAGAGGACCAUCAUUGUGUCCAUGUGGGCCAAGAUCUCCACGCAGGCCGACACCAUCGGCACCGAGACUCUGGAGAGGCUCUUCCUCAGCCACCCGCAGACCAAGACCUACUUCCCGCACUUCGACCUGCACCCGGGGUCCGCGCAGUUGCGCGCGCACGGCUCCAAGGUGGUGGCCGCCGUGGGCGACGCGGUGAAGAGCAUCGACAACAUCGGCGGCGCCCUGUCCAAGCUGAGCGAGCUGCACGCCUACAUCCUGCGCGUGGACCCGGUCAACUUCAAGCUCCUGUCCCACUGCCUGCUGGUCACCCUGGCCGCGCGCUUCCCCGCCGACUUCACGGCCGAGGCCCACGCCGCCUGGGACAAGUUCCUAUCGGUCGUAUCCUCUGUCCUGACCGAGAAGUACCGCUGAGCGCCGCCUCCGGGACCCCCAGGACAGGCUGCGGCCCCUCCCCCGUCCUCGAGGUUCCCCAGCCCCACUUACCGCGUAAUGCGCCAAUAAACCAAUGAACGAAGCAGCGUC